GUGUAAUUUUGUGACAGCUUCUACACACUGACAAGUGCAUAUAAAUACACAUUAUAUAAAAAGUAGUACACAAACAAAUAACGAAAAAAAAGUGCAGAAGAGUGGGCGUUAGGAUUGUCAAAAUUGUUCACUAAAUUGUGAUUUAAUUGUUACAAUAGAAUUUUUAAUUUUUAUAUAUUUGAAAGGUUAAAUCAAUAUAAAAUACAAUUACUUUAAAUUUAGACAGUGUAACAGUGUUUUUUAAUUUUGCGUGACGUCAUGUUUUGAAAUACAACGCAAUUACAUUGUUUUUAGAGAUGGACCUAAAAUGAGACUUCUAAUAGCGAAUAAGGCCCUAAUCCAAUAUGUCAGCGGAGUCACCGCGGCACAUUCGCUCUGGGGGUCCCCUAACAGUGCUAUCACAGCCUCCAAGUGAUAGAGGUAUCAUUGAUGCUGUUUCGGGCUUUAUCAAUGAUGUCACCCUCUCCUCCUCAUCCAAUGUUGACCCCAAGGAUGUUAUACAGUGGGCUAGAUUCGAGACUGCUGAUAUUAAUGAACCAACACCAGAAGGAGAUAGUGAUAAAGAUGUGUCACCUCUAUUAUUAAUCCUGGGAUAUGGUUCUGGAGUCCAAGUAUGGUUAAUACCACAUACUGGCGAUGCCCAAGAAGUACUUUCUUGGCGACAAGGAACAGUGAGGGUGCUCCGUAUACUGCCAACUCCGCAGCACGGCGACUGCUUUGCAUCGAAAAGGCCCCUCAUAGCUUUGUGCGAUUCAGCCAGCCCUGGGCCGACUUUUUGCUCACUCAGUUUUAUAUCAAUAAGGGGAGGUGAACAGGUGAAAAGCAUUAAAUUUAAGAAUCCAAUCCUCGAUGUACUGGCAAACAAACGAUCCGUGGUGGUGUCAUUCUCGGAACGCUUCGCUGUCUUCGACGCUGCGACGCUCGAGGACCGCUUGGCGAUCACCACGUGCUACCCUUGCCCGUGCCCGCUCGGUGGAAAUUCGCCUAUAAAUCCACUUGCGCUUGGAGAUCGAUGGCUCGCUUACGCCGAAAAGAAAUUGAUUCCGUCGAAAAGGAGCAGUGGAGGUUGCGAAGGCGAAGGCGCAACAAGCUACACGGCGACUGUCCUCCAUGCGGCUAAGUCCCUGAGCAAAGGUUUACGAGGUCUCGGAGAAAGUGUAGCGCACAGCCUGGCUGGGGGGCGGAGCACCUCCCAAUCGCCGUCGCCGCCCCACGCAGAUGUCCAGCAGCCUGGAGUCAUUACUGUACUGGAUAUCGAGGGGAACGAAGAAGAAGAUGGUCAAGAAAGUGAAGAACUAUGCGACCCCAUCGUGGCUCAUUUCGUAGCGCAUUCGGAAGCGAUCAUAGCUCUUAAGUUCGACCCCAGCGGCAUGUUGCUAGUGACGGCGGACCGGCGUGGUCAUGACUUUCACGUGUUCCGAAUCAACCCGCACCCAUUUGGACCUACACUGGCCUCCGUACACCACCUUUAUAUAUUGCAUCGGGGAGAUACUACAGCCAAAGUGCAGGAUAUAGCGAUUUCGGCGGAUUCGCGCUGGGCGGCGAUUUCGACGCUUCGCGGCACCACCCACGUGUUCGCGAUCAGUCCGUACGGCGGCGCGUGUGGCGUGCGCACGCACACGCAGCCGCGCGUCGUCAACCGCCUGUCCCGCUUCCAGCGCUCCGCCGGCCUGCCCAUACACUCCGUCGCGGCCGCACACAGCCCCGUAUGCGAGGCGGGCUGGGCGACGCCGGCGGGCGGGCAGGGCGCGUGGUACCCCAACCCGCGGCUGCCGCCCUUCCCCGCGCCCACCGUCACGCAGCCGUUGGCCCAGCUGCGCCCCACCACCAACCUGCCCACGCACACCAUCACGCGCAACAGUUCCGGUCGGCAGCGGCUGUCGUCGCUGUCGGAGGAGAGCAAUAGCGCGCCGCUGCUGGCGCGCGCGUGCUUCGGUCCGGGCGGCGGCGGUGCAGGGUGCGCGGGGGGCGGGGCGGCGGCGCGCGGCGCGCCCGUGCCGCUCUACCUCAUGGCGGCCAGCGGCUCGCUGCUGCACCUCGUGCUGCAUCCGCGCCCCGCGCGCAGUGUGCCAAAGGAGAAGAUUUGCGACGAGUCACCGGUGGAGCUAGAAGUAGAGCCGGCGGCACAGUGGCCGCUGCAGCGACCUCCCGCGGCCGCGGACCUACUGGCGCCGCUGCCGCCCUCCAACCCGCUGCUGCAGCCGCUCAGCUGCCGGCAAUGCGCAGAUAUGUGCAUGAGUGAAGAAGAACGAUGGCUCUCACAGGUGGAAAUCGUGACCCACGCUGGACCACACAGAAGACUCUGGAUGGGACCGCAGUUUGUGUUCAAGACAUACAAUUGCACUGGGUCGAGCUCGUCGCUUUCGGAGGCGGAGACGGUGGAGGUGGAGGCGGGCGCGGGGCGCGGCGCGGCGCGCUCCACGCCCGUCAACAUGCCCGGCGCGCGCGCCGCCGUGCCCGUGCUCGUCGACUCCGGCUCCGCCAGUUCGUUGGAACACUCUCCGUCUGAUAGUUUUCGCCGCAAGUCCCUGUUAGCAGAGACUGGGAAGGCGACCGCCGUUUGCGAUGUGCAGCUACGUGAGGACCUAGCUGAAGCCAUGAAGGAGGAACAUGGGUGGCCGCGGGAGGAGAGUCGGGAGCGAGUGGGACGCAGCCCGGGGAUAGUUCGCGCCGUGGACCCGCUGGGGACCGUGGUGGUGCCGCCCGAGGAGGCCCCCCCGGCGCCCGUCGAUCCCGACGCCUACACCACGUCUAACGCCGACGAGGCUACCUUCCGCCCCGUCGUCCGGGCGCCGGCCUCGCUACCCCUGCAGCCAGAGCUAGUACUGCGCCCCCUCCCCCGCACCACCACGAUCCCCGUGCAGACCGUCCCUCCCCUGCCGCACCUGUCGCCCGAUGACGCCCUCCCGCUCAACUUGGACGUCAUUAUCCCGGCAGCGUUGAACGUCGAGAAUUGGCUCUCCAACAAUUUUUCUCAUUGUGAAACGAAUGUAACUGUUGACAUGGCAAAAUAUAAAGCUAAAAACUAUGUCGAUGUCGAUAUUAGUGCUGGGGAUGUCCCACAAAAAGUAGAUAGUGUCAAUUUAGUUAAAAAUAAAUUAAAUAUGGAUCUCGAUGGUGAGCAGAUUGAGUGCAAGCGUGACGUACGUGUGAGUUCCUUGACAAAUGUCGAGUUGGAUUGCGAGGAUAAAGAAAAAUCACUGCCAAAAUCAAAUAGGCUGUCGGAUGAUAUUCAAUCGACGGCUCGAGUUAGAAGUAAGAAGUCUCCCACCAAAUUGUCAGUUAGUGAGAAAGCUGCUAGUGACAUUAGUUUUAAGGAUAAAAAAAGUAUUGAUGAAAAAAAAAUAUUAACAGAAGAGCCU